AUGGACUUUCGUCGCGUUGCGAAAGAAUACCGCAUCUGUGCUGCUGUGGUGCAAGCCUGCUUGCUGCUGUCCGUUGCCGCAUUUGCCACGCAGCGCGCGAUCGCAAUAUCUUCAUCCUCGAACUCUGUAGCCCUGCAGGUAUCCAGCCAGAGAUGGUCAGAUCUUGGGGAGUGGGCUGUGUGCACAUCCGCUACCGGUGAUGCAUGGAUGAAGGCAGCUGGUGUGGGUGUUUUCGACACGAACGACGGUGAAGAAAUGCUCGAGGAUCCAGCUUUAAUGGUUCCAAGCAACAGGUCGAAGGAUCUGGCUGCCUCGCGUAUCUCCCGGCGAGCUCUUAAUGUUUCCGGAAAACUGAUGAACUGCUCGGUCACCAACUUAAUGACCUUGCCGGACGUUGAGAUGCCAGGGAAAUUCAGCAUUUGUUCUGACACCCCAGGUGGGCCGAUCAUGGUCAAAAGUGGUGGACAAUGGAAAAUAAUGAACCCUGCCGGAAGGUCCACCUACUAUGUGUUAUCGGUCACAGCAUACAGGCAUGGACAGCACUUUGGCUAUUCUUCCCAGAGCGAUAUCUUUUUCCACUCAGUGGAAAAACUGCGCGUUUACGCUCCAAACUGGAACCUGCCCAGCAUGUGCCACUGGAAGCAAUUCAUUAAUGAUUCUGCCCCGGCGCCUUCCCUUGGAAAUGCGGUCAUCAUUGUCAUUUCAGAUCCGCUUAUCCACGUCUCUCUUGAAAAGGGCAUUCUCUUGCAGUAUUUUGAGCUUCUCAGCAGUCUUGGCGGUUACAUCUCUGUGACCGUUGCCGUUUUCGGAUUAAUCUUUGUAAGAAAGUUUCCACAAAGUGAUGUUGCUCGGGUCUUCGAGGAACGCACACUGCGUUGCAAUGAGGCACCUGGCAAUCCAGCCAAGGUUGAAAAUGAUUUGGAAGAACAUGCUCACCUGACCAUGACCACUUCAUCCUCCUCCUCACCAGUGCUGCCAGCAAGGAGCGCUCCAGAGAGUGAAACUGUGGGCCUGGUACGACUAGACAGGCAAGAGAGUUCAAGAAUGCCCCCAUUGCCUGUUCCUACAUGUUCCCCGCCUGGAGUCCAAUAUGCAGCACACCCUCCUGGACUCUCACGUCCUCCUGCUGUUAGUGCUUCAGAGUAG